AUGUCGUCGGGCAAGCAGGGCGUUCCCGACUUUGCCAAGAAGGUGGACCUGGAGGAUGAGAGCCUGCCCAUCACGUACCGGCGGGCCCACCAGAUCAUGACGGAGCGGACCGAGCGGGCGGUCCAGCGCGCGUUCCUCGAGCAGCUCAAGCAGCGCCUCAAGUGGUGCUACCGCUUUGCCGGGGCGGUCGACCGCAACCACAUCGAGGACUGCACGGCCCUCCGGCUAGCCUACAUGAGCGCGUACACCGCCAAGGGCAUGGACCUCGAGGACGUGCACCUCACGGAGUCCAAGGAGUGGAUCAAACAGGAGCGGGCACGCAAGGCCGAGGGAGGGGGCAGCGCCGACUGA